AUGGCCAGUGUUUCAGUGGAACAGGACCAUUUCACCUGUCCAGUGUGUCAGGAUCUACUGCAGAAUCCAGUGACCAUUCCCUGUGGACACAGUUACUGUAUGAACUGUAUUACAGACUGGUGGAAUCAGGAGAAUCAGAACGGAGUUUACAUAUGUCCUCAGUGCAGAAAGACCUUCAGCCCAAGACCUGCCUUAUGUAAGAAUGUGAUAUUUGAUCAAAUGGUGGAGAACCUGAAGAAGACGAAACUACAUACUGCUGUUCCUGCUGGUGCCUCCUGUCAGACUCAUUUUGACCUUCAUGAAGAAUUUCCCCCAAGUAAACCAUACAAAAUGAUUGAUCCCACUGGGAAGAAGAGGAUCUGUCAUCAACAUAAUAAACCACUGGAAAUCUACUGCCGGACCGAUCAGCGCUAUAUCUGUUAUUCGUGUUCCGUGAAUACACACAAAAAUCACACGUUUGUAACAGCUAUAGAAGAGAGGACAAAGAAACAGAACCAUCUGGAUCAAACGCGAGGAAACUUCCAGGAGAGAAUCCAGCAGAGAGAGAAAGAUCUUCAGGAGCUGAGAGAGGUUGUGAAGAAUCAUAAGCAUUCUGCACAGAAAGCAGUGCAAGAGACUGAGAGGAACUUUACUGAACUGAUCCGCUCCAUUGAGGGAAGCCAAUCCGAGAUCACACAGCUGAUCAGAAAUCAGGAAAAAGUUUUAGUGGGUCAAACUGAAAUACUCAUGAAGCAACUGGUGCAGGAGAUUGAUGAACUGAAGACAAGAGAUACUGAAAUGGAGCAGCUUUCACAAACAGAUGAUCACAUCCAUUUUCUUCAGAGUGUUGAGCUAUUCUCUGUUCCUCCACAAACUACUGAUGUGCCCAGAAUCACAGCCGAUUCUCACCUCUUAUAUGAUGAUGUGGGGAAAUCUGUCCUUCUGCUAAAAAAUAAACUUGAGGAAGUCUCCACAGAUUUGACAGGAAUGAUAUCUAAUAGAGUGCAAAACAUAAAGAUCUUUUCCACUUCUGGGGAGAGCAUAAAAACACCACAGCCACGGCCCAGGUCCACAACUCUACCAGUGCCACCAUCCAGUAACAACCCAAUGCCAUUACCAACUAGGCCACAUAAUGAAUUGCCACGAAACAGACCCUUUUCAGGUUCAAAAUAUUGGCAUUCCUUAGGAUAAGGGUAACAGUCCAGACCCUCUGCAUUGCCAGGAUCAUGUGUCAGACCCUGCACAGCAACACUUUGUGUUUGAAGCAACACAAAAGCACAAAAAAAAAAUCCUCAUUAUAUUCUUUUUUGCUUUGUAAAUCUGCAAUAUCUGCUAUCUCUACUAUAUACUAUAUAAGUAUCCAAUACCAUUAUCUACAGAAUUGGUAUAAUUUUUAAAACCUUAUUUUAAGUAUACAUUUAUAUUCCUUCUGUCUAAUCUUCAAUUCAAUUUAGCCUGUCUUAUGGUGUUAAAAUAUAUAAGUAUCCAAGUAUAAGUUUUAAGUUAUAAGUUUGGUAAAAUAUUGUUUUAAGUAUAUAUUUAUAUAUUCCUUAUGUUUAACCUCUAUCUCUGAUCAAACAUAAGUGAAACAGUUAAUUAAGAUCUUCAGGAGCACUUGACAAUUACAGCUGUGUGCUGGAGCAGGGUUACAAUUGAACUCUUCAGCUACGUAGA